GCCGUCUGGGCGGGUCGCAUCGGCGUCGCUCCCCAACUUUUUGCAUUGGAAGCUGCAGCCAUCUUUUGCUCACCUCCAUCCCUGUCCGAACAUCCCACCUUCAACACAAUAUCUCCUUGUCGAGCCUCCUGCCGUCCUUGAUUGCUCGGCGACAGCAUCAUGGCGUCGAUGGCCCCCUCUCUCAAACGGGCUCAGGCCCCCCUCCGACGAGCCCUGAGCGCGACCUCUUCCCCCGCCAUUCGGUCUUUCGCUACCAUCCCCUCCGACCCCAAAGAAGCCGGCAAGCCGAGACGGAAGACGUACUUCAAGGACACCGCAGUUGGAUCAUUUUCCGACUUUGUGUCCACUAAUUCAGCUGCGCAGCCCCUUUCACCCACCGAGGCCUUUUCUCUUAGAACCGCCGAGGUCGGCCCUGAGGGCAGGAAGAAGACGAUUACGCGACUGCCAGAGUGGCUCAAGACGCCGAUCCCUGCCGGAAACGACAACUUCAAGAGCAUCAAGAAGGACCUCCGAGGACUGGGCCUGCACACCGUUUGUGAGGAAGCUCGAUGUCCCAACAUAUCCGAAUGCUGGGGUGGCUCCGAUAAGAGUGCCGCGACCGCCACCAUCAUGUUGAUGGGCGACACGUGCACCCGAGGAUGCCGCUUCUGCAGCGUCAAGACCAACCGUACACCUGGCCCGUUGGAUCCCCACGAACCCGAGAACACUGCAGAGGCUCUGGCUAGAUGGGGACUGGGUUACGUCGUCUUGACGAGCGUCGACCGAGACGAUCUUGCAGACGGUGGUGCGAGGCAUUUCGCCGAGACCAUUCGGAGGAUCAAGCAGAAGAAGCCGACCUUGCUUGUUGAGGCAUUGACCGGUGACUUCCGCGGCGAUUUGGACAUGGUGGCCACUGUGGCGGAGAGCGGGCUUGACGUCUAUGCGCACAAUGUCGAGACUGUCGAGGACCUGACUCCGUAUGUGCGAGACCGAAGGGCUACCUUCAGACAGAGCUUGGCUGUUUUGAAGCACGUCAAGGAUGUGAAGGGUAAGGAGGGAAUCAUCACCAAGACGAGUAUCAUGCUCGGUCUUGGCGAGCAGGAGCAUGAACUCCAAGCGGCGCUUGAAGAACUCCGAAAGGUCGAUGUUGAUGUCGUCACCUUUGGUCAAUACAUGCGACCAACCAAGCGUCAUCUCAAGGUCGAGAAGUAUGUCACUCCCGACGAAUUCGAGAUGUGGCGUAAGCGAGCCCUCGAUAUGGGCUUCCUGUACUGUGCCAGCGGACCCCUUGUGCGCUCAUCGUACAAGGCCGGUGAGUCCUUCAUCGAGAAUGUCUUGCGGAAGCGAUCGGGCGAGAAGGGCAUGGCGUCUGGGGCUCUGGGCCAGGCAGUUGCUCUCGACUCAGAGAACCGGUCGACGAUUUGAACUGUAGACGGUUUUUCUUUCUCACACAUUCUCUUGAUGUUUAAGCACCAGUAAUCGCUGUAUAAUGGGGUUAUGAACACGGCGGUGGCCGCACGGAUGGCGUUGAAAAUUGGACUUGGAUUGGAUGAUGCGAUCUCAACAUAGAAGCAGUGGUCUUCAACAAGGACCCUGCGCAAACUUACAACUCACUAUAUAACACUGAAACAAUAAACGUAAACCAUCACUUCCCGGCCAUGGGUUGAGAUCGCUUGUUCUCACAACUUCC